AUGGGGAAUUGUUUGCAUAAGGGUAAUUGUAAUGAUGGUGAUUCUGAUCAUCAUGUGGAUUUUGCUUCUGGGAAUGUGCAAAUUAUUACUACCCUAGAAUCUUGGAACCAAAAUAUAGAACGAGCAAAGAAGGAUAGUAAAAUUGUUAUUGCAAAUUUCAGUGCAACAUGGUGUGGUCCUUGUAAGAUGAUUGCUCCUUAUUUCAGCGACUUGUCCCAGAAGCACUCUUCUAUCAUGUUCUUGUUAAUUGAUGUGGAUGAACUAGCUGACUUCAGCACUUCCUGGGACAUCAAAGCCACACCAACUUUCUUCUUUCUUAAAGAUGGAAACGAGUUUGACAGACUUGUAGGAGCCAACAAAUCAGAGCUGGAGAAGAAGAUUGCUGCGCUUACUGAUGUAGUUCCUCAUUAG